AUGGCAGACAUGUAUUUCCCCGAUGCGCAGAUUGAGUCUUCUGAGAACAUCAUAAACAUGCCAUUGGCCUUCGCAAAAAUUGGCUGGGCUGAUUGCCGUUUCUACUCAAUGUCGACUGAGCAGGCGGCACCGCUGGUGCCCGAGGUGCCCUGGGACCCCAGUGAGGCUGACUCUCUCGAAUCGGGCAGCGAUGAUGGGGAGGGUAUGCUUUAUGCAUUCACUGGCGGUAUGGACGAGAAAACUUACGCCCCGGCUCGGGAAUACGAAUAUACAUCUCUGAAGUCAUGGGCCAACAUCCGCGUACUGGAUAUCCUCCCAACAACGGACCCAGAAGACCCUAUCAUAUGUCAGCUUCGGCUGACUGCCGUGAACGAUCCGCAUCCGUACCUGGCCGUGUCGUAUGCCUGGGGACAUAUCGCGGACGAUGGCUCGCACCUUGACCAUGUGAUAUUUUGCGAUGGGACUCCACUCAAUAUCACGAGCAGUCUACAUGCUGGGUUGAAGCGCAUUCGGGAGGCAUGGAUGACCCAAGCAUCCCUUACGCUGUGGGUGGACGGCAUCUGUAUUGACCAAUCCAACCAGGCCGAGAGGGCUAUCCAAGUCAUGCUGAUGGAUGAAAUUUACUCCAAUUGCCUGGGACUCAUGGUAUAG